AUGUCUCCGGGACAGGCCGUUACCAGGAGCUGGGGGCCAGAGACCCCGCCAGAGACGCCGCGGCGGUCCAGUGAACUCCGAGAAUACGUCAAAACAUUGAACGAGGCUUACGGUUUGAACAUACCAAACUCCGAGUAUAUCAACUUUUCCCCAAGGUCACUCAGGCAACAAGUGCGGAUAGAAUGGAGAGUGCUGAAGCGGAUACGACGGCUGUUUUGGAGUGCCCAGUACCGCUCGGAGUUGUACAACAUGAUGGACAGCCUGAAAGAAUGGGUGGAGGGCAACGAAAGUUCGACUCGAGGCGAACGACUUGAAUACCUUUGGGGUUUAAUGGAAGACGAGUAUUGGAUUCGAAAUAAUGGGGAGAAGGGAGAGUCAAAUGGGAGCCCGGAAGAUUACAAGGUUGAAUCGCCGAAGAGAAAAAGAACCUCCGAAGUCGAAGACGACGACGGCGACGAUGACGACGACAAAGGAUUUCGCACCGCUCCUAGUUCGCCCAUAAAGAGCACCUCAGCUGGUCGUCCCUUUGAACUCGACUUCGAUCUCGAGGGGAUUGAGUUCACCCCUGAAGACUCUGCGGAUGAGUCCCAUGAGCCCGAGAAGCCCAAACCAAGCAUGCUCCAGAGGCUUACAGCCGCAAAGGAGCAGGCAGAAGCGAAUCCAAAUCCUAGGAUGGCAAACACCAGCUUCCCAGCUCCAAAACUGCCUCCUGAUCGGUCUACUGCAUCACUGUUUGGCGGCUCUUCCUUCCACCUUCCUCCCAAUGGCGCAACAAGCUCCAGAAUGGAUGAUAGCUUUGUUUCCAAUGCGUCCACGGUAUUCACGACUAAUAACGAUUCACGGAAUCAGUCGUUCAUCACCGAUGCGACGGAAGUAGAAGCGGAUGCGUACGACACACAAGAGUCACAGUAUGCAGCAGAGUCCGUGGUUGAGCAAUGGAUUCAAGAAGACGGAUCAACCGAGACUGUCAAGCAAAGGAUCAUCAACGCCCUUCUGGACAAUGGCCCAUUCUCACUGGAGCAGCCCCUACCGAGGAGCAUCUCAUUACGGUGUCGCCACGAGCUCGAAAGAGUUGGACGGCAUUGGGGCGUUCCCUUAAGAGACAUGCUCCGAGGAGAUGCCGAGCCAAACAUGGACUAUGAUGCCUUUUGGUCAUGGAUAAAAGUCCAUAGUAUGCGCGGCAAAAAAGAGCUGCCGGAGAAGCCUAGCCGCAAGGCGUGGGAGUCUGCAACUAAUUUGUUCAAUACGGACAGUCACUCCGAAGUGGUUGUUCUCUCAGGAAUCUUAGAUUGGACAACUAAAUCGGCUGACGAGCAUGGGUUUUUUGAUUUGAAGCUGAAUGCUUUCAAAACAGAGAGGUCGUGUCGGUUUCGCAGGCGGUUUGGCUCAGACAGAUUCCUCAGUCUUCUGAUGCCGCCUGUAGCUAAACCUCCUGUGCAUCUUGGAGCUCCGUCUUCGCCCGCGCUCCUCCGAGAUAGUAUCAGCACCUGGCUCACUCGCAACGAGCACCAAUGCCUCGGGCGCACAUGGCGAGCCAUGUUCAUCGAAGACGUGCAGAGGAAAGGAAAGGAAGCGCUGCAACGAGUGCAUUUAUUUGCCGUUGACGGGGUGGACUUCUGCCCGCCUCUAUCAAGUCACCCUUUGGCUGUAUCUCCUCCGAAGGAAGCCAGUUCUGCUCAUACCAAAAUGACCAUUGACGCACUCAUUGAGUGGCAUAUGCCCAGGAAGUUCAACUCCCAUCAAAGUAACACCAAGCUGUUCCAGCGGUUCUCACUCGGGUUUUCGAAGACGUAUGCUUCUGUGCCGUUAAGGCCCUAUCAAAUCGUACCCGUUCCAGAUCAUCGUAACGGGGAGACGGUGAUGAAUGAUGGAUGCGCUUUGAUGUCGAGAACCCUAGCCAACAAAAUCUGCCACCAUCUCGGAAUUUCCGGCAACACGCCCAGUGCCUUUCAAGGGCGUAUCGCAGGAGCGAAAGGGCUUUGGAUGGUUGACAGACAUCAAUCAAAGUACCAGGCCUUCGCAGAGGAAGGCGAGGACAUUUGGUUGGAAAUCACCGACUCUCAAUUGAAAAUCCACCCGCACCCUGUGCACUGGAAGGAUCCGUACGACGAAGAAAAGUUGACUUUCGAAGUGUGCAAAUGGUCAAAGCCACUACAUUCGGUGGAUCUCAACAUCCAAAUCCUUUCCAUUCUGGACUACGGCAGUAACUCUAGAUCAAGAGGUUAUCUGGCUGAACUGACAAGGAAAGGGAUCGACCAGCUUGCCGAGGACUUUGAAGAUGUCCUCAGAUCAGAUAACCCGGUGGCUUGCCGCCGUCUCGUGCAAAAGUUUAAACCUCAAGGCGAUGCCCAAUACCGUCAGCUGGAUCAAUGGACCAUUAAAGAUUCAGAGUUCAUCAUUCGGCUCUCGGAGGCUGGUUUCUCCCCUCAAAGCUUUUCCCCUCUGCGAAGGAAGCUGGAACAGUACUUUUCGUGGAUCAUGGACCGGCGUAUCCAGGAUAUCCGUAUUGAGGUGCCUCUUUCUACAUACGCGUUCUGUAUUGCUGAUCCGUAUGGAGUCCUCGAGCCACACGAGGUAUACCUUGGAUUCUCAGCAGCAUGGCGUGGCCACGAGACGUUCCAAAGCUCAAUAGUCGAGGGGGACGUCCUGGUCGCUCGAACACCUGCUCACCUCCCAUCUGAUAUCCAACGCCGGAAAGCCGUCUUCAAGAGUGAACUCCGUCAUUUCACGGAUGUAAUUGUGUUCUCUACGAAGGGACAGAUUCCGCUGGCUCAUAUGCUUUCGGGUGGGGACUACGACGGGGAUGCUCCAUGGAUUUGCUGGGAUCCAGAACUCGUGGAUCAUUUCAAGAAUUCUGGUCUGCCAGAGGAGCUGGCCCUGAAAGCUAGUCAUUUUGGCUUAACCGAACACUCAAUCCCCAUGUCCAAGAUCACGUCCACAGAGGAAUUCCUGCACAAAACCUUCCUCUUCAACCUCACUCUGUCCAACCUUGGACGUUGUACACGCGAGCAUGAAAAGAUUCAAUAUGAGCUCGGCCUGAACCAUCCAUCGGCACGUGAGGUUGGUUCUCUCCUUGGUCACCUUGUCGACAGCCGUAAAGGCGGCGUCCUCCUAACAGAUGAGGCGUGGAAGCUGAUACUCAAGAGGGUUAGCCCCAGAGAGCGUCUAUGGCCAGCAUAUAUCCCGUAUGAUAAGAAGGUAGAGAGGCGGCAUCAUGAACCGAAACGCGAGAACAUAGUGGAUUAUCUCAAGUUCUUCGUCGCAGAUAAGCAAGGGAUAGCCGUCCGCACGAGAAUCAACGAGAACUUCCCAGAAAUAUCCUCGUUUUCUUCCAGAGACCAAGACCUCCGUCAACCAUGGAUUCAAGCCCAGAAAGCCAUCAAAGACGACGACACUGGCAGCGUGGAAGAGGUCCUCACGGCAGCCAAACUAGCGAUCGACGAGGCAAGAGAAAAUUGGAACUCCCAGGCAUCCGAAGCUCGGAGCGCCCAAUCCGCUUCGGAAUUCAUCAGUGAGAUUCCCGCGCCACAUUCAUCACGCCCGCAGUUGCAUCCACUGGUGCACACCUGGCAGAACAGCCCCUACGAAUGGCGGCGUGUACUCGCCUCGUGUCUCUACUGGGACCAGCCAAACGCCAAAUUCACAUGGUACGCCUACGGGGACACAUUGUGUGAUAUCAAGGCCGAGACGUUCUCGUCCCGCAGGAUUGUCAACGAUAUCGCUUCGAUCUAUCGAGUAAACCCGAAAGCCGUAGCGCGCUUUGCGCCGGUCGAGAUGGAAGCCAACGAGGAUGAAUUCGGAGGUGGGGAGGAACUCGAGGCGAUGCUACUGGGCAUGGAAAAGUUUAUCGGUCUGGAGAAGCGGUCGCCGAUCGAAUGA